AUGCAACAAGCCCCCACACCAUGCAACAAGCCCCCACACCGUGCAACAAGCCGCCACACCGUGCAACAAGCCCCACACCAUGCAACAAGCCGCCACACCAUGCAACAAGCCCCACACCGUGCAACAAGCCGCCACACCAUGCAACAAGCCCCACACCGUGCAACAAGCCGCCACGUAACAAGCCCCACACCAUGCAACAAGUCACACCAUGCAACAAGCCGCCACACCAUGCAACACGCCACACCAUGCAACAAGCCACACCAUGCAACAAGCCCCACACCAUGCAAAGCCCCACACCAUGCAACAAGCCACACCAUGCAACAAGCCCCAUACCGUGCAACAAGACGCCACACCACACAACAAGCCCCACACCAUGCAACAAGCCCACACCAUGCAACAAGCCGCCACACCAUGCAACAAGCCGCCACACCAUGCAACAAGCCCCCACACCAUGCAAAAGCCCCCACACCUGCAACAAGCCGCCACACCAUGCAACAAGCCCCCACACUGCAACAAGACGCCACACCACGCAAAGCCCCACACCAUGCAACAAGCCCCACACCAUGCAACAAGCCUCCACACCACGCAACAAGCCCCACACCAUGCAACAGCCCCACACCAGCAACAAGCCGCCACACCAUGCAACAAGCCCCCACACCAUGCAACAAGCCCCCACACCAUGCAACAAGCCGCCACACCAUGCAACAAGCCCCCACACUGUGCAACAAGCCACACCACAAGCCGCCACACCAUGCAACAAGCUGCCACACCAUGCAACAAGCAGCCACACCAUGCAACAAGCCCCCACACCUGUGCAACAAGCCGCCACACCAUGUAACAAGCCGCCACACCAUGCAACAAGCCCCCACACUGUGCAACAAGCCGCCACACCAUGGAACAAGCCACACCAUGCAACAAGCCGCCACACCAUGCAACAAGCUGCCACACUAA